AGAUAAACAGUAGUGAAAGGCGGGUGAGCCAGUUUGCCUCUCAUAGAUGACGGGCAAUUCUGACGAUAAGGUGAACCCGGACUUUUGUCGAGUUUGCCGAUGUGAGGGGACUGCUUCGAAACCUCUAUUUCAUCCUUGUUUGUGCACUGGGAGUAUUAAAUAUAUUCAUCAAGAUUGCCUCAUUCGUUGGCUUGAGUACAGCAAAAGAAAUACUUGUGAAUUAUGUAAUCAUCGGUUUGCUUUCACUCGAAUUUAUGCAUCUGACACUCCACGAUUUCUGCCGCUCACCGUGUUGGCUGUGGGACUGGCCAACAGCUUGCGUCGAUUUGUACUAAACUGGAUUCACUUGUCGAUUGUCUUCACUGCAUGGUUGGUUGUAGUUCCUUUAUCUGCCUGUCGCAUGUACCGUUGUCUUUUUACUGGUAGCGUUUUCUCACUCCUCACACUUCCAUUAGACAUGGUUUCCACAAAACACUUAUUACAAGAUUGUGUUCAGGGUUUCAUUAUUGUAAUCUUUGCAUUGGCCGCAUUUUUGGGUUAUGUUUCAUUGCGAGAACAACUUCUCCAAGGAACACCAGCAUGGUUGGAACGUGAUGCUCAUGCAGAAGCUCGUGGUGUUGAUCCUCCCCAUCCCCCUCGUCCUGCCGCUGGGGUCAAUGGUAGGCGACCUCUAUUUCCGGAUAUUUUCAAUAUUUUUGGUGUUGCAAAUGGUGGUGGUUUAGGUGCUGCAGUUUUCGGUGAAGGCAACGAAGAUCCUGUUGAACCUGAAAUAUUUAACAAUGAUGAACAGCAUCAUCAGACUGUUCAACAAGAAUUAGUGAAUUCUGAACUUAUCACGUGUUCCUCUCUAAAUCAACAACGACCGGUGAUUAACAGUGGUAUCUCAGAACUGUUAGAGCCUUCACACGAAUCGGCAGAUACUGUAAAUCGUGGAUCAUCAUCUAAUCCACAACAAUUGGCUUGGUAUAUGGAAAAUACAGGAGUUAAUUUGGAGGGGGAUAUUCCUGACGAAGAUGGUAGAGCCAAUAACGAUCCAGCAGAUGCAGAUGGUGCACCAGAAGCUAUGGAUUGGAAACAUUUAUUGGGUCUAGAUGGAUCUUUAAAUUUUCUGGAGCACGUUUUGUGGCUUAUUGCUUUAAAUACUUUGUUUAUUGUCAUAUUUGGCUUUUGUCCAUAUCAUAUGGGUCAGUUUACUGUGUUGGGAUUCAAUUUGGAGCAUUUUAUUAAUGCAACUCACAUGGAAGGAUUUAGUACAAGUUUAAUUGGUUACAUUAUUUUCGCUUUUGCUUUGAUUCUUAUGCAUGAAGUAUUCGCUAUUCUCAAUAUGCCUCGAGCUUGUUAUUGGACUGGUCUUGGUUAUAUAUACAUCAAAGUUGCUUUGGUUUCUUUAAUGGAAUUGGGUAUUUUCCCCAUUUUGUCUGGAUUUUGGAUAGAUGCUUGUACUUUGUCUCUAUUCAAUGCGACGUUAACUCAACGAGCUAGUGUAUUUCAUUAUGCACCAGUUGCUUUUACCUUUAUUCAUUGGGCGAUUGGAAUGUUGUACAUAUUUUAUAUGGCGUCUUUGCUUGUACUGGGUCGAAGUGUACUACGUCCUGGAGUUCUACGCUUCAUAUAUCAUUUUAAUGAUCCUGAUUAUAAGCCUAUUCAAGAUAUGAUACUUCAACCAUUACCACUAUACAUACAACGUUUAAUUGCUACUUAUUCAGUUUGGGGUAUAUUAAUUGUACUUAUGCUAUGGUUACCUACAGAAGUUAUUCGGCGUUUCUUUCCUAAAUUCUUGCCAUUUCGUAUUAAUGCAGCUUAUGACAGUCCAUUGGAUUAUUCAUUGGAAAUGAUACUAUUACAAGUUGUUCUACCAUUCUUAUUGGAUAAUCACGCUAAAACAACUCUUCGUCAGAUUUUACGUUGGUGGUGUAUAUGUGUAUCAUGGUUGCUUGGUUUACGUAGUUACUUGCUCGGUGAUAUUCCAUUUUCACCAGGGGAUUUUAUUGUUACUGAAAAUGGAACUGAAGUACCAUACAAACGACGUCGAGAUUCUCAUAAUCAAACAUCUAAUUUAAAUAGUCAUUCGGGAUUCAUGUCUGUAGAAUCGUCUCAACGGACAUUGACUAAUGAACCAGACGAUAUUUCGACAGAUUUGUAUGCUCCAAACUUAUCAUCGCCGUCAUCAUCUUAUGGACAGAUUACUUCAAUAAAUAAUCGAUUUCGUGAACAAUCCCAACCUGAAAAUAAUGAACAAGAUAACGUUAAUCAUGCAAACGCUGAUUAUGAUAACGAUGAUGAUACAGACUUUACUCGUUAUGUUCCAUAUAAACGAGGCAAUUUCUUCAAAUUACGAAUUACUGGCUUAAUUCUAAUCUUAAUUACUAGUUUGAUAUCUUUAAGUUUAACUGUACUAAUUGUACCAGUUGGUAUUGGACGUUUAUUAUUGUUGAAUUUAAGCGGAACUGGUUCUACAUCAAAGCAUGAUGCUAUCGCUUUAGUUGGUGGAUUCACUGUUUUGGGAAUAAUUCUCCGUCUAGCUCCUUGCAUACCACAUCUUUUCAAUGGAAUUUAUCGAAUUAUUAUGUUGAUUGGUCAAAGUGGUAGUUUAAUUAGCUGGUCUAGACCAUUACGUGUAUUUAGAAUUUGGACUCGUUUAGGUACAACAUGUGAAAUUACAAUACGACGACCAGCAUUACCAAUGGCUCCUAUGAUUGAUUUGAAUCGACAUUAUGGAUUUCAAUCUACUGUGGAUAUGAAUAUUGGGAUAUAUCUACAAAAUUAUCUACGAAUAUUAAUAAAUUGGUUACGUCUAUUUUGUAUUGCUGUAAUAUGUCUGGGCAUUCUCCCAACAGCUUUAGGAUUAUUAAUCAACUUCAUUUUCAUUGUACCCUUCCGUAUUGGACCCAAAAAAACCAUUAUUAUUGGGUUUUGGGAGCAUUGGAUAUUUGGUAUUAUGCAUUUAAAAGUGGUUAUCUUACUUACUCUUCUUGGACCGCCAUGGUGGUUACGAAAUCGUUUAGAAUUAUUUCAUGAUGAAAUGACACAUCAUCGACAAGAUGCUCGUUGUAUGCGUUUACUUUGGGCAAUCGCACCAUUGCUUGUAACUAUUGGAUUAUCGUUAAGUGUACCAUAUUUAUUGGCUUAUUAUAUUAGUCCAUUAAUCGCAUUAGAUAGCGAAGUUGCAUUUCGAUACAUAUAUCCAUUUCUUUUCGCCCUGUUCAUCUGUUCAGUGUUAUUGACUCUGUGUAUCGACCAAAUUCGACGUCUUUAUUUGCAUAUUAAAGAUGAAAAGUAGGUUUGUAGUAAAAAUCUUAUUAUUCUGUGUAGUCGACCAUUUAAAACAUAAAAUAUUUGUUCAAUAAAUAGGCAAAAUGCUGAGGUCAUACAUAGUAACUUCACAUUUUCCUCUUCCUUUGUGACUACAAUCUUGAUUUUCGAUUAUUUCUGAACAUUCUCAGAAGUUAAACAUUUCUAGUGAGUACAAUGGCGAGCGAAUUAUAUACUAGAAUUUUGGGAAAAUUCGAGUCAAUAAUAAUAAAACUACAGCCUUGAUUAUCUGGUAACUGAAUAGCUGAAAGCCAACGAAGUCAAGAUGAUUGCAACCAUCGAACGCAUAAAUACAAUGCGAUAUUUUUGAAUCAACGGAAAACACCCAUUAAGAAAGAUUAGAUGAGCGAAGAGUUCUCUUUUCGGCGAAUUCAUUUUCAAAGCUGUACAAUCGCAAAUAUAUUUUUUUACAGGAUGAUAAUGGUACUGAUAAUAACCUUCUGUUAGGCAUGUUGACAGUGAGGUUGAAUAAACAAAUUUAUUAGAAAAAAUUCUUUCAAAAACAAGGAAAGUUUAAUAAUCGUUUGAUUGUUAAUGGCAUAAGUAUUCCUCAAAAGAUAGAUAGGGAAACGGAUAGCUCAGCAUGAUAAAAUAAAUGUUGGAAAUGAGAUUAAAUGUAAUGAAGAUGAUCGUGGAAACAAAAUGAACCAGUUGGGGGGUAGAGAAUUUAGGGGAAAGCUGCAGGGUGAAGCAGAUGACUGUAAAGGAAGAAGAGUAUGAAGAAAAAAAAUUAUAAGACAUCAGGACUAUGGUAGAAGAAGGGGUUGUACCAAUCGUUUUUGCACACACAAUUCUGGUUUUUCCAGAUGUAUGACUAAUACUUCGGUAAUACAAAGAAGAUGCAGUCUCAUUGUUUUGGGAGACUUCUGCUUACCUUGUAGAUGACUUUGAACGCAGAGUCUGUAUUGAUUGAGUGACCUGUGUUCACAAAAUGUUCAAUUACUGAGCUUCUUAUUGAACCGCUUCCUCCUCUUUUUAGCCACGCCGGACAAGGUUCUUGAAUUCUUUUGGAUAAAGUACGCAUCGAACGACCUAUAUACCUAGCUCCACAUGAGCAGGUAAAUUGAUAAAUGCACAUUGAUUUGGUCAGAUGCGAUAAUUUAUCUUUAAAAUUAUUGGUGAACAAUGAUCGGCUGGGGAAUACUAUUUGCUAUGUUGCUGCGGCGAGUGUUCUUUUUGAAGAAACGGAGAUUCUUCUCAUUAGAGUGUGUGUGGCUGUCACCCUUGAAUUCGAUGUUCAUGUAUAAAGUUUUCUUUUCUACUGUAGUUAUCUACGUUUUCGGCUUAAUGCUCUUAUCAAUAAAAAUCGAAGGAUAUCCGUUUUUAAUAAGUAUCUCAUUCAGGUGGCAUAAUUCUUCCUCUAUGACGUCGUGACUACAGUUUUGUCGUCUUCUUGUUGCGAGUGUUAUUAUUAGUUUUUUUCUUCGACUAAUAGGGACCCAGCUGUGGAAACUUGAUAGUUGGUCAUUCCACAUGGAUCUCCUGUAGUUAGAUCUUUUUAGAGUACCAUCUUUCUUUCUUGUCAUUUCCAUGUCAAGAAAGUGACUAUUUUGUUUGUUUUCAACUUCUAAUGUGAAUUUUGUUGUUGGGCGGCAAUUAUUAAAAUGUCUUCAGAAGAUGGCUCAAGUCAUAUUUGUUGUCACAAACGAUAAAGAUGUCAUCAACGUAUCUUUUAUACAAGUGAAUUUUUUCUAUAACGCUUUCAGUUGAUUGUUUUUUAGCCAUAAAGCAGUCUGCAAGUAACGGACCCAGAGGGGAUCCCAUUGCUAUGCCGUCCUUCUGUUUAUAAAUUACGUAGUUGGACGUAAACUGUACAAUGCAAGUGCACCGCAAUAAUAGUUUCUUCAAAUAAACAUCCGGUAUUCCGAUGUUAAUCUGAUUGUUAUUUACGUACCUGCAGAUGGAAUUAAUGGUCUCUGUGAGUGGAACAUUAGUGAAUAAUGAUUCGACAUCCAGAGAUAAUAUAUUUUUGUCAUUUAUAUUCACUUCUUUUAUGUGCUCAAUAAAUUCAGAAGUAUCACGUAUGGAGUGUUUACAAAUGUGUUUUCUGAUGGGUUCUAAGAGAUUUGUCAGCCACUUUGCGAUAAAAUGGUAAGGAGAUCCUGACAUAUCGAGAAUAGGUCUGAGAGGUAGGCCAGGUUUGUGUAUUUUUUGGCAGACCAUAUAGUCGCUGUAUUAUUGAUCCUGUUGGUUUUAUGCGCUCAAAGACAUGUAAUUCAAUUAACUGAUCAUUUUUCAUUCUUUUAAGAACUUCAAUUAGUUGUUUUUCUAUAACUUGUCUUGUUUUUCUCAUUGAUUGGUUUUGAGAAUUUGGUGUCAUCUAAUAACGUUGUCAUUUUUUCAACAUAAUUAUUGCGGUCUAGCAGCACUAAACCAGCGCCUUUAACUGGACGUGUUAUAAUCAAGUCUUUAUUAGUUCUAAGUAGUUUUAGGUGAUUUCUAUGUUCUUUCGUUAGAAGACUUUUGUCUGUUACUUUUGUGCUAAUAUAUUGGUUGCGGCUAUCGAGAAGAGUAGAUUUGAAACGUUGGAAUUCUUGGUCAAAGACUGUAUUAAGACUAUUUGAUUAAAUUUUCGAACUAAACAUGUGAGGAUUUUAUUAAUUUUUUCAUUUCAUCUUUAAUGUACUAUCACAACUAAAAACUGAACAGAUUUAACAUAAAGAAAUUUCAAAGAAGGAUAUGUUUGUUUUCGACGAAAUUAUUUAAUUUAGCUAUACAUCCAUGAUCAAAGAGGUUAGAGAACAGUAGCAGGAUGAAAAUAAUUUACGGGACAGAUAUGAAGACGAAACUGAUGUUGAUUUUGUCGUUCUCUUUAGUUUUAUUCCAUGAUAAAAUAGAUUGAAGUUUGAACCUAUUACACACAUGAAAUAUGUAAACGUGCAUAGAUCCCUUUCUGAAGCUCAUUUUAAGCUGUACAUAUGAAAAUCUUCAAAUUUUUAGAUAUUUAGUUGGAAAACAACUGCUAAAUUUUCGACCAUCACCAAGUCAAUCAUUAGUUCCAGCAUCAUCAUCAUGACUGUCCAAUUGCCAGUUAGUUAAUUUGGACAUACACUACCAAUUCACAUUGUCUAGACAUGUAAAGUUCAUCACUUGGUAUUUUUUGGAAGAAUCCCGCAACUUCACGUCUGGAACGACAUUUUUUUUUGUACUCACUAAUGAUAUUUACUGUUUCUAACAACCCAACAUUUUUAAAGAAUAUAACUGUUAGAGUAUUAUUUUGCAUAUACAAUAAAUAUACACCUCCCCAACUCGGGCACACAAACAAGUACACUAAUCAAUGAUCUUUGAUUUAUUCUGUAUUUAAAAUAUUUUCUCGAAAAAAACAAAACACGCGACUAGACAAUAUUUAUAAAAAUACAUUUUUCUUAUAUCAAUUUUCUCGUGCUUUUUGUUUUCACUUGAAUAUGCUUUUAAAAAUAAAAAUAAACAAAGAAGGUUAAAAAUGAUAGCAAAUUAAUGACAGAUGCAUAAUAUGAGCUGUACCAAACAGUUAAAAAAUGUGUCAAUACAAACCGCAUACGCUCUGAGAAAAUAAAUUUUUCUAUUAAUGUGUACACUGUUACUACUAUAAAGUAUAUAUAAUAUAACGCUUGUACAUUACUAUUAAAUAAUAUUGUACC